AUAAUAGAAUUUUCUAUGAAAUAAUACUGAAAUUGUUUUAUUAGGCAAUAAUGUCGGAUAAGGAAGAUGGUUACUGCCGGCUAUGCGCUGAACCAACAUCGUUUAAUCAGCUAAUUUCGUCGGAAGGCGACGUCGGUGUGAACUCCAAGAUCGCAACAAAAAUGCAAUGGAUAAAUGUGGAUAUCUCUUCAGAUUUAUUACCAAUGACGAUUUGCUUUUCAUGUUUCGACUUACUCGAGCGUACGUGGUCGUUUUUGAAUAAUGUGCGAACUGCACAAGAGAAAUUGUAUAGCAUAUUUUCUAAGAAAGAAAACACGCCGCAGAACUGUGAAAUCAAGCCAGAGAGCUCGGAUGCUGACAAUGCCGGUCAACCUGUCAACACUGAUUGGGAGGACUUCCAAAGCCCUAAGCCUGAAGUGAAGGAUGAAUCGCCUAUAGACAAUUUGCAGGUCAUAACUGUUGACCCAAAUACUCUUAUAGAUGUAGACUAUAAUAUUGUUAAAACGGAAAACGCCUAUUCCGAUAUAGACUUCAACAAUGACGGCUUCGAUUCCACUGACAGUGAUUUACCAUUAGGACUAGCAGUAAAGAAGAAAAAACUUAAAAAGAAGAGGCGCACUAUCACCGAAAUCCAAGAAACCGACGAUAGUUUAAAUGUAAAACCUCUGACUUGGGAUGACUAUAUGUGCCGCUGUGCCAGCUGCGAUGCGCAAUGUAAGAACCUAACAUCAUUACGACUCCACUCCAUACAGAUACAUUCCUGUUGUUGUGCCUUCAAAUGUUCAGAUUGCAGUAAAGUGAUACAUAAUUUCCGUAUGUUCGUCAACCAUGUGCGUAUGCAUAACAAAUUGUUGCGGUACUGCUGCGAAAUCUGCAACAAAAGAUUUACAAGAUCAGCUUACAUGAAAAAACACUGCAGUUUAGUUCAUAAAGACACAUAUGUAACAACUUGUAUCAAUUGUGGUUUAGUGUUCGACACUCAAGAACAAAUGCAAGAACAUCUUUUAGUAUAUGCAAAGGGUAUUAAAAAGCGUGCAAUUAAACGUGAAAACUUGGAUACUGACCUCAAAUGUCAGCACUGCAAUAAAGAAUUUAAAUCUAAAAGUAAUCUACAGCAACACAAGCUAGUUCACACAAAUCGCAGCAGAGAUUUCUCCUGUCACGUUUGUGGCAAAAUGUUCUUUACAAAAGGCACACUAAGCACUCAUAUGACGACACAUGAAGACACAAAGCCUUUCAAAUGUGACAUUUGUUCAAUGGCAUUUCGGGCUCGUGGCAACCUGCAGUCACAUAUAAGCUUACACUCUGGAGCAAAACCAUUUGUCUGCGAACAGUGUGGCAAGAGUUUUAGAGUGAAACGACACUUGAAAUCACAUUCCAUAGUCCAUACAGAUCUCAUGCCCUAUGUAUGUGAAUACUGUAAUAAGCAAUUCCGCUUCAAAACACGUCUCAAUCUUCAUUUAAGACAACAUACAGGUGCUAAACCGUACACAUGCAUAUACUGUCAAAGAGACUUUACAAAUGGUUCCAAUUUCAAGAAACAUAUGAAACGGAGACAUAAUAUUGAUACUUCUAAGAAAAGAAUUCAUGUUGAUACAAAAAAUAUAAAACGUAGUGAUGAUGUCUCCCAAUCGCAGUCAUGAGUAAUAUUCUUAACUGAAAGAAACUUUAAUUUUAAUGAUUGUAUAUAUUAUGAUAUUAUGGGUUAAUUACACUUGGUCACUAUCUCGAAUACGAUUGCCAAUGAAAUCUGGGUUAAUGACUAAGUGUAAAUGAACAGAGUCAAGUACGCCUGUAUUUUUUGUAUGUUGAAAAUGCAGUUAAUAACUUUUCAAUACUAAGUUUUCUAAUAUAAUUAAUUUAUUAUAUUGAGUUACUUUUCUUAAUAUACAUCUCAAAUUGUGUACAGUUUAUUUAUUCUUUGUAAUGCACAGCUGAGAAAAUAUAUAAUUUUCUUU